ACAGGCAGAGACCGAGAGCAGAGCGCCUUCACCGACCGGGUUACUUCACCUGGCACCACGCACUUACUCAGCCUCAGUUGGGGGUAAAAUAAGAGUAAAACUCUUAAUUAAGACGUCGAAGCUAGCGGGGGAAGUGAGAGUCACCGAAGGGUCGUUUAACGUCUGUCGUUAAACACCGACAGCUAUCUUUGUCACCAACUCCGCGCUGACGUAGUUUUAGCUCGCUGGCUAACUGCGCUAGCUCGAGAAGAAAGGCCAAGGCGAGUUGACCCAGCGUCAAUUAUUAUUUAACGGAUAGCGUAAUAACCCUGGCAUACCACGGUUGCCCCUCACUGCUCGGAUCGGAAACCUUUCUAAUCAAAGACGAGAACCUCGAGAGAGGAUGGCUCUGAAAAGGAUCAACAAGGAGCUUCAAGACCUGGCUCGUGACCCUCCAGCACAGUGCUCAGCAGGCCCAGUGGGUGAUGACAUGUUUCACUGGCAAGCCACAAUCAUGGGACCUAGUGACAGUCCGUAUCAGGGAGGUGUUUUCUUCUUGACUAUUCAUUUUCCCACAGACUACCCCUUCAAACCACCCAAGGUUGCAUUUACAACAAGAAUUUACCACCCAAAUAUUAACAGUAAUGGCAGUAUCUGUCUGGAUAUUCUCAGAUCACAGUGGUCUCCUGCACUUACUAUUUCUAAAGUACUUCUCUCCAUUUGCUCACUCCUAUGUGACCCAAACCCUGAUGACCCACUAGUGCCAGAGAUCGCACGAAUCUACAAAACAGAUAGUCCGAGAUACACCAGAAUGGCAAAAGACUGGACACAAAAAUACGCUAUGUGAUGGCAUCAUUUGGAAAGCUGGUGGAAAAUGUUGUUGCUGGUUCAAACAAAAAAAAUCCGGGAUUCUGGUUUUCUUUUUCACCUUUUUGUUUCUUUUCUUUUUUUUUUUUUCUGGUCAAUCAGAACAUUUUACCCCCUCGUUUUUCCACCUGCGCGCUCAUAAGAAGAUAGUGUUUUCUCUCUAGGAUACAUGCCAGUUUCUGUGAAGUUUCGACUCCCAUUUUGUUUGAAGAAGUUUAAAAAAAUUAAUAAAUAAAUCACCAUGGUUCUGAACACUCAGCUUGAGCAUGCACCAGUAAGAGUUGGUGAUGUUAGUCAUUUACUCUGCACACACUUAGUAGAAUCUGAUGCGACAAUGAUAUCAACCCCACGAUGAUCCAGUUUGUCUCGGUGGAUCCUGUGCGGUUGAUACUUACUUCACUGAACGCUGGAUCUCUCAGAGCACUUAUAGAGAAGCCUGUCUUCUGCCAUACCUGUAAAUUUUAAAGUUUCAAAAUUGGUAAAAAAUUCUGCUGCGUUUUAUUUGAAAGUGGUGAAAAUCUGAAACUGGGAAUAAUCUGAAAGAUUUGGAAAACUGUUUGGUGGCUCCUGGGGCUGGUGUGGUGUCGGUAUGUUCUUCUGAUCUUUAGUAUAGGAAUCUAUUACCUGAGGAAAGACGUGUAUCUUAUUCCACUAUCAAAGUGUGUGUACAGAGAAGCACAGCAGUAUAUAUCAAUGUUAAGGAAACAAAAUAUAAGAACUUCAAUGUUGUAUUUUAUGCAUGUUAAUAAAGGUAGGCUAUUAUAUCUGAUAUGUUUCUGCAAAUUAAGUGGAUUGUACGGCUGAACAGUUGGAAAAAUGUGGUUCCCCUCAACAGCUUUCUAUUUCUUUUUUGUUAUUUAGAAGCCAGUAGAUGAGCUUUUAGUUUUACGCCCACUCGAACACUGUCUUCUUGUAGCCCUAAAAUAUUGAUGCAAAGCUAAUGGUUGAUAAUCAACUUGUGGCUCUGUUUCUUUUUAGUUCUCCCUUCAAUAAAGUUACUUCAACAAUAAAA